GUGGCCUUUUUGCAUCGACCGUACCCCACGUGUUGUUAAGGAUGAUGAAUUAUGUACAGUUAACCGAGUGGUCAUCUACAGCAGAACAAGCUUCCGCGACUUCAAUAUCGGCAUUAUAUGGCAUUACACUUGCACUGCACUUAAUCGAGGCGGGCGAAUAUAUGUAGUGAUCUUCCUCUUCACUGAUGACUGAACAAUGGAGAAGCUGUCAGCAGAAAUUUCUGGCGACCCUCCUAUUUUCCCAUGCAUUCGAUCAUUGUUUAUGAUGCUGUUGUUGUGUAGGAGGGCAGGGACGGACCUGAUCUCGGCGGAUUUCUGCUAGAAAACACUCAACGUGCUGUGAGCGGCCUCGCAUCCUUCUAGAUCCAAGCAGCUGAUGUUGGCAGUGCUGCCGUCCUCCCGGCGAACAUGGUCAAAUCCCCAGCUCUCACACACUACUGGCCUCUCAUCCGAUUCCUGGUGCCGUUGGCAAUAACUAACAUUGCCAUCGACCUCGGCGAACAGGCUUUGAACAGGGGAAUAGCAGCAGUCAAAGAGGAUGCAGUGGAAAUGCUGGCCAGUUAUGGCCUGGCCUACUCCCUCAUGAAGUUCUUUACAGGUCCUAUGAGCGACUUCAAGAAUGUAGGGCUGGUAUUUGUCAACAGCAAGCGGGACCGAACCAAGGCGGUCCUCUGCAUGGUUGCAGCAGGAACUGUGGCUAUCAUUUUCCACACUCUUAUUGCCUACACUGAUCUGGGCUAUUACAUCAUUAACAAACUGCAUCAUGUGGAUGACUCUGUGGGGAGUAAAACCCGGAAGGCGUUUCUCUAUCUGGCUGCAUUUCCUCUGCUUGAUGCCAUGGCCUGGACUCAUGCUGGAAUUCUUCUAAAGCACAAGCACAGUUACCUGGUGGGAUGUGCCUCUAUUUCUGAUGUCAUUGUACAGAUUGUGUUUGUAUCUAUUUUGCUUCACAGUCAUCUGGAGUGUGUGGAGCCCUUGUUGAUCCCAAUCCUCUCUCUGUAUAUGGGGGCCUUGGUACGCUUUACUAUUGUUGGUUUGGGGUACUACAGGAGCAUUCAUAACAACAUCCCCGACUCCAGUGGACCUGAGGUUGGGGGGGAUGCCACCAUUAAAAAGAUGCUGAGCUUUUGGUGGCCAUUGGCUCUCAUCCUGGCUACGCAGCGGAUUAGCAGACCCAUCGUCAACUUGUUUGUAUCACGAGAUCUAAAAGGAAGCACAGCUGCCACUGAGGCAGUCGCAGUUCUCACAGCAACAUAUCCGGUGGGUCAUAUGCCGUAUGGCUGGCUUACUGAACUUAGAGCUGUUUACCCUGCGUUUGACAAGAGUAGCCCAAGCAACAAGAUGGCCAACAGUGGAACAAUUGUGACCAAGUCCCACAUAAGGCGCUUCACUUUUGUUUGUUUGUCUCUUUCUAUAACACUCUGCUUUGUGGUGUUCUGGGCGCCACACAUUUCUGAGAGGAUCCUGGUAGACAUUAUAGGAGUAGACCAUGCCUUUGCUGAGCUAUGUGUCACCCCAUUACGAAUUUUCUCUUUCUUUCCUAUUCCAGUGACAAUGCGUGCUCACCUGACUGGUUGGCUCAUGACCCUGAAGAAGACCUUUGUCCUGGCACCCAGCUCCGUUCUGCGCAUUAUUGUCCUCAUUACAAGUCUUAUAGUUCUCCCUUACAUGGGUGUACAUGGGGCUACACUUGGUGUUGGAUCUCUGCUGGCUGGUUUUCUUGGCGAGUCUACUAUGGUUGCAAUCGCAGCAUGCUAUGUCUACCGAAAACAGAAGAAAAAGAAAGACUCUGAUGAGGACCUGACCAUCGAUGGGGAGGACUCUGCCCCCAUGAAUGAGGUCAGGGCCGGGGGGCACAUGGAUGAUAUUGUGGAGUUAAGAGAGGAGGAUGAGGAAGAACUGGAGGAAGAUUGAGCAGUGGAUUCUGGGUUGAGCAGGAUAUGUUGCUUUCCUGGGCAGUGUUCAAAUUGCUUACUGUCCCCUGCUGCUGCCCUGUCCCUCCUGCCAGAGUGAGAGAAUGCCCAGCUCACCUUUUCAGUGUGCACACAGUUAAAAUAAACACACAGAAGGAGAUUUAGCAGGUGUCUGCUGCACCGUAUCAUUGUUGGAAAAUUGUUACAAUACACACGCAGACAUAUUAAUGCAUAAAUGUCUUCCAGCUGCCACCAGGUGAUUCCUGAUGCAGGACAGUGAAGAUAUUGAUUUGUACCAAAGCAAUGUUGUUAAUUAACUCUUAUUUUUCUGUAUGCUGAUCUUUGAUGUGCUGCCGUCCUAUAUGUUUUGAAUCUUGAAAGGAAAGACAACACUAAAUGCAGUUAUUUCAUCGGCUUGGAAUAUAUUUCCUGUUUUUUCUUAUUCUUUUUUUUUUUUUUUUUUUACUUUAAUAUUUAACAGAAAGAAAAGACUUGAUAAGAUUUUUAGGUCCACGGGCCUGUGACCUGUGUUUUUGUGGCAUGUAUCAUUACAAGAAAUGUCAACAGAGGAUAUAAAUGUAUAUUAUGUAUAUUUACAGAUUUAGAAUUAAUUUGAUGGACAUAUUAGAAAACAACUGUUUCAGAGUGACAAAUGGUUGGAGUUUAUGGGUCAUCUAGACUUUUAUUUUUUAUUUUAAAUAUACCAUAUGUUGUAGGUGUAUAAAAUAUGAUACAUUUUGUAUGGGUGAUUUUGUGAAGUCUAUUAUAUCUAAAUAUUGUUGGAAGAGAAAGAAUUGGACUGAGUGUUUUCAUUAUUUUGUCCAUUGCGGUAUUUUUAUUAUUGCUAUUUAAUUUCAUUUGGGCAUUUAUUUUGUAUCUCAGGAUGUUUGUGAUGGAAAAUACACUAUAAAGUACUAUAAAGUCUAGUUAAUGAUCCCUACCCCUACUGUAUGAGCUGUUUCUCCAUGACAAAGAUGCACAGCUGUUAAGAAUGUCCUAAGCCAGUGUUUGUUUCAUUAAGAUUGUGGUGAAGUCUGGCUAAACUUGUUCUGUAUUUAAGUUUUCCUGGACAAUGCAAAGCAGGGAAAAUACAUGGUAGAAACAAAGCAUUUAUUACAGUUUGAAAAAAAAAAAAAGUAUUUAGUCCUCUGUCAUUAAACAGUGAAAUGUGGUUUAAAGUGGUCUACAGUAAGGUUCUUAUGUUAUUAUGUCUAUUAAAAUGAAGAAAAGAG